GCGAAGCGUUUCCGUGGAGUGCGGCGCCCGAACGCUAGCCUCGCGGUGCACGUGGAGUGCUGCCCCGCGUACCCAGGAGGCGUCUGGGGCCUGGACCCGCCUUCGGUACCAUGGGGCGCAAGUUGGACCCUACGAAGGAGAAGCGCGGGCCGGGCCGAAAGGCCCGGAAGCAGAAAGGUGCCGAGACUGAACUCGCCAGAUUCUUGCCUGCAGCUGGUGAUGAAAAUUCCAAGAGGCUGUCUAGUCGUGCUCGGAAGAGAGCAGUCAAGAGGAAGUUGGGCUCUGCUGAAGUCCCUAAGAUGAAUAAGUCUUCUGGGAUCAAACCAUUGCCUGGAAAGCUACCAAAAGGGAUCUUUGCAAGAGCUGUCCAGACACCUGGUAAGAAGGGAGCCCAGUCCUUAUUAAAUACUGCUCAAGGCAAGAAGCGCCCAGCACCAACCCAUAGCAGUGAGGAGGAAGAGGAGGAGGAAGACUCUGAAGAGGAUGGUGUGGUGAACCAGGGGGACCUCUGGGGCUCCGAGGACAGCGACGCUGAUAUGAUAGAUGACUGUGGAGCUGACUCCAACUCAGAGGAUGACAAUGAGGAUGAAGGUGAAGAGUUGCUGCCCAUUGAAAGGGCUGCUCGGAAGCAGAAGGCCCAGGAAGCUGUUGCUGGGGGCCAGUGGAUGGAGGAGGAAACUGAUGAAGAGGAGGAAGAGGGGGAAAUGUCCCCUGAGUCAAGCCCAAAGAAUGAGGAGACAGAUGGGGGCCUGCAGAUCAAUGUGGAUGAGGAGGAGCCUUUUAUGCUGCCCCCUGCUGGGGAGAUGGAGCAGGAUGCGCAGGCUCCAGACUUACAGCGAGUUCACAAGCGCAUCCAAGAUAUCGUGGGAGUGCUGCGUGAUUUUGGGACUCAACGGGAGGAAGGUCGAUCUCGGUCUGAAUAUCUGCACCGGCUUCAGAAGGAUCUGGCUAUUUAUUACUCCUAUGGAGACUUCUUGCUUGGCAAGCUUAUGGACCUCUUCCCUCUGUCUGAGCUGGUGGAGUUCUUAGAAGCUAAUGAGGUGCCCCGGCCCAUCACUCUCAGGACCAAUACCUUGAAAACCCGGCGCCGAGACCUUGCUCAGGCACUAAUCAAUCGUGGGGUUAACCUGGAUCCCCUGGGCAAGUGGUCAAAGACGGGACUAGUUGUAUAUGAUUCUUCAGUGCCCAUUGGCGCUACUCCCGAGUACCUGGCUGGGCACUAUAUGCUGCAGGGAGCCUCCAGCAUGUUGCCUGUUAUGGCCUUGGCACCCCAGGAACAUGAGCGGAUCCUGGACAUGUGUUGUGCUCCUGGAGGAAAGACCAGCUACAUAGCCCAGCUGAUGAAGAACACAGGUGUGAUCCUUGCCAAUGAUGCCAGUGCUGAGCGGCUCAAGAGUGUUGUGGGCAACCUGCACCGGUUGGGAGUCACCAACACCAUUAUCAGCCACUACGAUGGGCGCCAGUUCCCCAAGGUGGUGGGGGGCUUUGACCGAGUACUGCUGGAUGCUCCCUGCAGUGGCACUGGGAUCAUCUCCAAGGACCCAGCUGUGAAGACUAACAAGGAUGAGAAGGACAUCCUGCGCUGUGCUCACCUUCAAAAGGAGCUGCUCCUGAGUGCUAUUGACUCUGUCAAUGCCACCUCCAAGACAGGGGGCUACCUUGUCUACUGCACCUGUUCCAUCAUGGUGGAAGAGAAUGAGUGGGUGGUAGACUAUGCCCUGAAAAAGAGGAAUGUGCGGCUGGUGCCUACGGGUCUAGACUUUGGCCAGGAGGGUUUUACCCGCUUUCGAGAAAGGCGCUUCCACCCCACUCUGCGUUCCACCCGCCGCUUCUACCCUCACACCCACAAUAUGGAUGGUUUCUUUAUUGCCAAGUUCAAGAAAUUUUCCAAUUCCAUUCCCCAGUCCCAAUCAGGAGAUUUUGCACCAUCCGCCCCUACAAACCCAGACUUGCCUGACCCGAAAGCUCAGGUGACUGCCAAGCCUGAGAGCAGCAGCAAGCCAGCCAAGAAGGCCAGAGUGGCUAUGAAGGCAAAGCAGCAGCUGCAAAAACGGCCACACCCCAAGAAGGCUUCCUUCCAGAAGCAGAAUGGCGUCUCCAAAGGGGCAGACUCAGAGUUGUCCAAUGUAUCUUCUGUCCAAAAGGCCCAGGCUUCCUCCAGGCUCCAGGAUAGCACUCAGCCAGCUGUCAAAGCUGAAGUGAUCAGGGAACCAAAGGUGACGGGGAAAUUAAAGCAACGGUCACCUAAACUGCAGUCCUCCAGGAAAGCUGCCUUUCUGAAGCAGAGUGCUCCUCCCAAGGGCACAGACAGAGCGAUGCCUGCUGUUACGUCCUCCAGGACCCAGGCCCCUCUCAAGCCCGAGGACCAUGAUCAGCCCCUUGGGAGUGCCAAAGGGGCUGAGAAGGUAAAGCAGCAGUUGCUAGAGCAGCCUUUCAAGAAGGCAGCCUUCCAGAAACAGAAUGGCACCCCCAAGGGACCUAAGACUCCCACCUCAUCUCUCCUCAGUUCCAGCGGGCUCCCACCAGCAAAGAGGAGAAAAUCUCAGUCCACAGGCAGCUGCCAGCCACUGCUGUCCUAGGCGGAUGGUUGAAACUAGCCUAGGGUGGCUCAUUGCCAUUGUCACUGGUUGGAACUCUUACCUUUGGGAGGGUGUCUUCCCCGCUGUGCAUGUGAAAUUGAAUAUACAUUUUAUAAUCUC